CUUCUUAUCUUUACAGUCUUUAUUUCUGGUGUCGGAGCUUGGACUGGUGAAAUCCAUGGCAGAGUUGUUUGUGAUGUCUGUGGUGACUCCUCCGUUGGACCUGAAGAUCAUGUUCUAGAAGGUGCUGAGGUAGCUGUUCUAUGCAUUACAAAAUCAGGGGAAGUUCUAAAUUACCAGGCAUUCACGAAUGAUAAGGGGAUAUAUACAGUGGCAGAGACAAUGCCUGAGAGCGACCGCUGGGAUGCAUGCCUGGCCCGGCCCAUCAGCAGCUUCCAUGAGCAUUGCACUCAUGUUGGGGAUGGUAGCUCAGGAGUAAAGUUCAGUUAUAAUCACCCAUCAGGCUAUUCGCACACCGUCAGAACUUUCGUCUAUCGACAAGCAAGUGUACCAGCAUACUGCAUUUGAGAAUUCUGAGUUCAAUGUACAUCUAUAUUGUUUAGUUGCAAUAUAAGCUUGCUUUUACUGAAAUGCAUUCAUCACACAAUGGGAGUGAUUAAAGGGCAUGUGUGAGGCUAAUGCUGUAAUGUAGUUUAUGAUGAACAUAGUUCAUGUUAGUUUAAACCCAAUCCUUGAUUGGAAUAAUAUACAUAACCCUAGAGGAAGCAACAUAAAAAUUUAGGCUUGUUUACUUGUUAGGAAAGUAGCUUUGGUAGAUCCAAGGUCAGCAUCUAAUCAGUCAUGGCACUGUCUUAGGAGCUUGAUCGAUUGUAAGAGAUUUAAAGUUUAUCAUGUCAUAGGCCAGUUGCAUCUGGAGGUUUGAGAUUGGAACAGAGGACGUAUAUCAUAAAACCUUGCUAAUCACCGUAUUUAUUUUGAACAUCUAUAGAAGGGAACACUGGUCCUUUACAAACUUA